AUGGGUAUCAACAACCCUCUCCCGUCGUCUAUGGCGUCGGAGUGCAAGAAGUGCGGAAAGAUUCUCGCCUCGUUCGUAGAUCCUCGACAGUCCUUUGGUCCUGACAAAGUCAUUCCUCCCUCCGUUCUUGCCCAGGCCAAGGGCCUCGCUAUCCUCACUGUCAUCAAGGCCGGCUUCCUUGGCUCGGCACGAUUUGGAAGUGGUCUUGUCGUUGCACGGCUACCAGACGGCAGCUGGAGCGCGCCCAGUGCGAUCGCAACCGGAGGCGCUGGCUUCGGAGGACAGAUCGGUUUCGAGCUCACGGAUUUCGUCUUCAUCCUCAACGACUCGAACGCCGUCAAAACCUUCUCUCAGGCCGGCUCCCUCACACUUGGUGGGAAUGUCUCGCUCGCUGCCGGUCCCGUCGGGCGGAAUGCCGAGGCCGCCGGAGCAGCCAGCUUGAAGAGUGUCGCGGGUAUCUUCAGUUAUUCCAAGACCAAGGGUCUCUUUGCAGGUGUCUCGCUAGAAGGAUCGGCCAUCAUCGAGCGCAAGGACGCCAACGCGAAGCUGUACGGCCGUCCCGUCAGCGCCCGGGAGCUGUUGUCGGGUGGCGAGCGCCCGCCGCCGCAGGCAGGACCCCUUCUCAACAUCCUCAACUCCAGGGCCUUCAGUGGCCAGCGGUCGGGCUCGAUGAGCGACGGGAUGUACAAUGACAUCCCGGUCUACGAUAACAACUACGACAAUGUUGUAUGGGGCGAGAACCGCGGUAGUGCGUACGGAGAGGGGCAGAGCCGGGGCGGCUAUGGCAGCAACGACGACUUUGGAGCUCCGAAACGGACGAGCACUUGGCAGGAUGACGUCUACGACCAAGAGCCUCGGUUUGGCGGUGCGUCGCGGUCCAACACGUUCAACGAUGCAUAUGGCGACAACAAGAGCUCGGGUCCUGGCCGUCCAGCAGCGCCGAAGCCUAAUUUUGCCAGCAAGCAGGCUCUGCUGAAGAAGAACGAAGCUGUGGCUCUGUUCAACUUUGAUGCGGACCAGCCAGGCGAUCUUGGAUUCAAGAAAGGUGAUGUCAUCACAGUUCUGAAGAAGACUGAAAGUGACAAUGACUGGUGGACCGGAAUGAUCGGGACGAGACAUGGCAUCUUCCCCAGCAACUACGUCAAGAUGAAGGAGUAG